GUCGCCAAGCGUGACAAGCGAGCGCGCGAAAUUAUUGUUAACAGAAAGCAGACAAGGAACUUGCUGUCGCGGUAAAUACAUGCAGCAGUAACUAGCUACAGACACGGCUUUUGUCAAACACUAAGGCAGCAAGGAGCACUACUUCACCACCUGCAUUAGUUAAACUCGUCGCACCGGAGCAGAGGGCCGUCAGGAUGGGUCUGCUGGACCGCUGUCAGGAGCUCUUCAACACCUCCAACCUGUACGAGGUGCUCGGCGUCGCCAAAGGGGCGACGGACGCAGAGGUCCGACGGAGCUACUACAAAGUGUCGCUCCAAGUCCACCCAGACCGGGCUCCAGAGGACCCGCUGGCCACCGAGAAGUUUCAGGUGUUGGGGAAGUUGUAUGCGGUGCUGAGCGAUAAGGAGCAGAGGGCUGUGUAUGAUGAGCAGGGCCUGGUGGACGAGGAGUCGGACAUGCUGAGCCAGGACCGGUGCUGGGAAGACUACUGGAGACUGCUCUUCCCUAAGGUUACAGUGCAGGACAUACUGGAGUUUGAGGCAAAGUACAAGGGCUCUGAGGAGGAGCGGCGGGAUGUGAUCCAGUUGUACAUCCAGCACCAGGGAGACAUGGACGCCAUCACAGCCUCGGCCCUGUGCUGCUCCCAGGAGGAUGAGCCCCGGCUCUGCGACAUCAUCCGUAAAGCCAUUCAAACCGGAGAGGUCACCGCCUUCCCGGCCUUUACUCAGGAGAGCGAAAAGAAGAAAAGGGCCCGCAGGAAGAGGGCUGAUAGAGAGAGACAAGAAGCUGAAGAACUGCAGAAAGAGAUGGGGCUUGGUGACCAGGAUGACAGUCUUGCGAUGAUGCUUAAGCAAAGACAAAAGUCCAGAGAGCAGAACUUCAACAGUUUCCUGUCUGACUUGGAAGCAAAAUACUCCAAAAAAAGUGGAAAAGCCCAGAAAGGACAAAGAGGAAAAAAGUGAGAUCUACAAUUUUACCAUAGUACAGGCUCUGUGUUGAACAUAAGUGUUGUAAAAGAGUUUAAUUAUUCCCCUCUGUACGCCUGCACAAAUCUUGCCUUUACCUGGUAUCCAGUGUUUGAGUACUUAUCAAUAAAUGUAAUUGAAUCUUUGUUUUAUUGCUAUUAUGUCAUGUUAUAUUAAAAAUCUCCUGAAAACACGAAUAAACCCAUUUAUAGACAUA